AUGGCGCCAAGAAAGCUUGUAAAGAAACAGCCAACGGCAUCGAAUGUGGAAUCUUCAGGGAAAAGAAAAAAUGCUGAAGAAGAAUUCCAGGACAGUGUGCCGUCUAAUAAAAAAAGCAAGGAGCAUGAUUCUGAGAUCGAUUACAGCAAACGGAUUGAAUUCAUGAAAGCAAAAUUCGGUGUUACUAUGCCAGACGAUUUCUUUAGGUUCUAUGAAUUUUGCCAAGAAGUAAAUCCUACAGCUCCAUCAGAUGCUUUAAUGGAUACCCUACAGUUAAAACUGGUUGGAGCUUUCGACGUUUUAGCUGGUCAAUUUGAUGAUAGAGAUGAAUCAUCGAUAACUUCCUAUUAUUUACACUGGAGAUUUUAUUACGAUCCCCCCGAAAUGAUGACUUUGCUAGCCAGAGAAGAUGAAAGUUCGUAUCAUUUUGGCUAUUAUAGGGAUGAUCCAGAUAAAUUGCCAGAUUUAGUCGCAAGCAAUACUGGAGGCAAUUCGUGUGAACUUAAAUGUAUGGGUACUAACCUUUUCGCUGCAGUCAAAACCUAUAUUGACAAUCAACUGAAUCGUAAAGCGGCAAAGAAAGAAAUAAAUGAACUAGCCAGCAAAUUGCAAGAGUGGGCUGCAAGAUAUCAUUUCGACUUAAGCGUUAAUAGUAAAAGCGUAAAGGAAAGGAAGAAAUAUGUUGUCGCUAAUACAUUUCAUACGCUUGGUAUUGUGGUUCCAGUAGAUAAGAAAUUAGAUAUUGGAUAUAGGCCCCUGAAUGUUACUAAUGCAGCCCUUGGUAAAAUAUUAACUAAUAUUGAAAAAUGCAAGAACACGGCUCAAAGACUGAAAUUUCUAGAACCGUUAGAAGAACUCAUCACUUACGUACAAUUUGCAAACGAUGAAUGCGAUUAUGGUAUGGGACUUGAGCUUGGAAUUGAUUUGUUUUGUAGGGGUGAAGAAUUCAAUAAUUUUGCUCUGCACUUGCUAACGACUGCUUAUAGUUUAUUAAGAAGACCGUUAUAUGCCGAUAUUAUUAGUAUUCAUAUGACAAAUAGGAAACGUUCGUGUCUAAGUCAGUUACAGUUAACACGAUAA